GGGAGCUCCGCCGCGCGGGGAAGCGGCAUCCGCGAGCCGCGGUGACCGGUGCGGCUCGUUCCAGCGCUCGGGCGUUAGUUAUAUAACCCUGACGGCGAGCGCAGGCACAUGGCGGCAGAGUCGCUCCUCCGCGCUCUUCUCCCGCGCCCGCGGGCGGGAUCUCGGCCACCCGAGGCGGGCCUGACUCGAGACCCCGACCCGUCGUGGUGUAGCAGAGCGAUGGAGACCUUUGUGGGGCGUUCCCCGCGGGCAGUGGCAGGUUCUCUGAACCUUUCCUACGUUGGCAUGUGCUCCACAUGGUCCUGUGCUUGGCCAGGUGGAAGUAUGCAAGACUUAACAGCUCAAGUGACUAGUGAUCUCCUGCAUUUCCCUGAAGUGACUGUUGAAGCUCUUGGAGAAGAUGAGAUAACAUUAGAGUCUGUGCUUCGUGGAAAGUUUGCUGCAGGAAAAAAUGGACUAGCAUGCUUAGCUUGUGGGCCACAACUUGAAGUUGUAAACUCUCUAACGGGAGAGCGGUUGUCUGCAUAUAGAUUCAAUGGAGUAAAUGAACAGCCUCCUGUAGUUCUUGCAGUGAAAGAAUUCUCUUGGCAUAAGAGAACUGGAUUGUUAAUAGGACUGGAAGAAGCAGACGGGAGCGUCCUGUGUCUUUAUGACCUUGGUAUAUCAAGAGUAGUCAAAGCUGUUGUUCUUCCUGGAAGGGUAACAGCUAUUGAGCCUAUAAUUAAUCAUGGAGGAGCCAGCGCAAGUACCCAGCAUUUACAUCCAAGUCUUCGAUGGCUUUUUGGAGUGGCAGCUGUGGUAACUGAUGUUGGACAGAUCCUUCUUAUUGACCUAUGUUUGGAUGACUUGUCAUGCAGUCAAAAUGAAGUAGAGGCAUCAGACCUUGAAGUUAUUACUGGUAUCCCAGCUGAAGUACCACACAUCAGAGAGAAUGUGAUGAGAGAAGGGCGCCACCUGUGUUUCCAGCUAGUAAGCCCAUCAGGGAUAGCCAUUUCUUCUGUCAAUUACAUUAACAGGACAAAUCAGCUUGCCGUGGGGUUUUCCGAUGGCUACUUAGCACUUUGGAAUAUGAAAAACAUGAAAAGAGAGUAUUAUACACAGUUAGAAGGUGGAAGGGUUCCUGUCUAUGCAGUUGUUUUUCAAGAACCUGAGAAUGAUCCUCGUAAUUGCUGUUACUUAUGGGCUGUUCAGUCCACACAAGAUAGUGAAGGAGAUGUUUUGAGUUUGCAUCUGCUUCAGCUGGCCUUUGGUGAUAGAAAAUGCUUGGCCUCAGGGCAAAUCUUAUAUGAGGGAUUAGAAUACUGUGAAGAAAGAUACACACUGGAUCUAGCGGGUGGCAUGUUCCCCUUAAGAGGACAGACUAGUAAUACUAAAUUGUUGGGAUGCCAGAGUAUAGAGAGAUUCCCAUCUCAUGGUGACAGGGAAGAAAGUAUGAGAGAAGCUCUAUCCCCUGACACUAGUGUUUCUGUCUUCACCUGGCAAGUGAAUAUAUAUGGACAGGGAAAGCCUUCUGUGUACUUAGGACUUUUUGACAUAAAUCGUUGGUAUCAUGCACAGAUGCCAGAUUCAUUAAGGUCAGGAGAAUCUCUACAUAAUUGCUCUUAUUUUGCAUUGUGGUCAUUGGAUUCAGUUGUAAGUAGAACUUCUCCGCAUCACAUCUUGGACAUAUUAGUACACGAGAGAAGUUUAAAUCGAGGGGUUCCUCCUUCAUAUCCACCUCCAGAGCAGUUUUUUAAUCCAAGUACUUUUAAUUUUGAUGCCACUUGUUUGUUAAACUCUGGAGUAAUCCAUGUAACUUGUACUGGAUUUCAGAAGGAGACUUUGACAUUUUUAAAGAAAUCAGGACCAUCUCUCAAUGAAGUCAUUCCUGAUAGUUAUAAUCGGUGUCUUGUUGCUGGUCUUCUGUCACCAAGACUUAUUGACAUUCAGCCUUCCAGUUUAAGUCAAGAAGAACAAUUAGAAGCUAUAUUGUCAGCAGCAAUUCAGACAAGUUCCCUGGGACUUUUGACUGGUUACAUUAGAACAUGGAUAACAGAAGAACAACCAAAUUCUGCUGCUAAUUUACGUUUUGUUCUUGAAUGGACAUGGAAUAAGGUGGUUCUCACAAAAGGAGAAUUUGACAGGCUUUGCGCACCAUUAUUUGAUGGUUCAUGUCGAUUCAUCGAUCCACAAACCAUACAGUCUAUCCAGCAGUGCCAUUUACUCCUCAGCAACCUUAAUACAGUCUUAAGCUGUUUUGCAAUGGAGGCUCAGGGCAUCACUGAAAGAGGACUGGUGGACUUGAGCAAUAAGCAUAUGGUUACCCAACUUAUCUGUCAAUAUGCACAAAUGGUUCUGUGGUUUUCUCAUUCUGGGCUUUUACCUGAAGGUUUAGAUGAUGCCCUGCAGCUAUCAAGGGUGCGCUACAACUACCCUGUUAUUCAGAACUUCUAUACCAGUCGCCGGCAGAAGUGUGAGCACUCGCCCAGAGGGAAGUGGAACCAUGAUUGUUUGAUGAUUGAUGGAUUAGUUUCUCAAUUAGGAGAUCAAGUUGAGAAGUUGUGGAAGCGGGAUGAAGGAGGCACAGGAAAAUAUCCUCCUGCUAGCAUCCAUGCACUACUUGACAUAUAUUUAUUAGACAACAUUACUGAAACAAGCAAGCAUACUAUUACGAUUUAUUUGCUACUUGAUAUUAUGUAUUCCUUUCCAAACAAAAUGGAUACUCCCAUCGAAUCUUUCCCAACUGCCUUUGCUAUUUCUUGGGGCCAAGUUAAGUUAGUUCAAGGAUUUUGGCUUCUAGAUCAUAAUGACUAUGAGAAUGGUUUAGACCUUCUCUUUCACCCAAUUACUGCAAAACCUGCGUCGUGGCAGCAUUCAAAGAUAAUUGAAGCCUUUAUGAGUCAGGGAGAGCACAAACAGGCUCUCCGAUAUCUUCAAACAAUGAAGCCAACAGUGUCCAGUAGCAGUGAUGUCAUCCUUCACCUCACUGUUCUGCUUUUUAAUAGGUGCAUGGUUGAGGCCUGGAACUUACUGCGACACAACUCAAACAGAGUGAAUAUAGAGGAACUAUUAAAGCAUGCUUAUGAAGUUUGUCAGGAAAUGGGCUUAAUGGAGGAUUUACUGAAGCUACCAUUUACAGACACUGAGCAGGAAUGUUUAGUGAAAUUUUUACAAUCCAGUACCAGUGUUCAGAAUCAUGAAUUUCUUCUAGUUCACCAUUUGCAGCGUGCAAAUUAUAUUUCUGCCUUGAAACUAAACCAAACACUGAAGAAUAAUCUCACGAGUGAUCGUGACCCACGUUUGCGGGAGAGAUCAGUGGCUCGAAAUUCUAUAUUAGACCAAUAUGGGAAAAUCCUACCUAGAGUCCAGAGAAAAUUAGCCGUUGAGCGAGCUAAGCCUUACCAUCUAUCAACAUCAUCAGUUUUUCGUGAAGUUUCUAGACCCAAACCAUUAUCAGCAUUUCCAAAGAAAGCUGUAACUGGAACAGUGUUAACAAGAUCUACUUUCAUCAAUAAUGUAUUAUCUAAAAUUGGAGAGGUGUGGGCAAGUCAUGAACCUAAAAAUGGCAUCUCACUUUACAAUAGCCCUAAAACUGAACAACCGUCUUCUGUAGUACAUCGUUUCUCACAUCCAGAGCUUCCUGAGGCAUUUGUUGGAACACCAAUUUCAAAAACAUCCCAGAGAAUUUCUAGAUUACUGGAUUUGGUUGUUCAUCCUAUCCCCCAGCCUUCUCAGGGUUUGGAGUUUAUUCAGCGAAGUCCCUCAAGACCUCCUCUGUGUCUGCUAUCCAGUUCAUUGCCAUUAAGUUCACAAUUAAAAAGGCCACAUCAAAAUACCUCCAGGCCUUCAGAAUUACUUUUACUUGAAACUCCUCCUGUAGUUAAGAAAGCUAAAUCUUUGGCUUUGUCAGCUACUUCUUCUGGAUUUGCCGAGUUUACUCCUCCAUCCAUCCUAAGGUCUGGUCUUCGAACAACACCUUUAGCAUCUCCCUCUCUAUCACCUAGAAGAUCUCUCACUCCACCUUUCAGACUUAAAGAAACCAGGAUUUCAUUCAUGGAAGAAGGGGUGAACACACACUGGACUGAUAGAGAUAGAGCUACAGAUGACCAUAAUUCAAAAGUGUUUGUUAGUACAUCUUUCCAUGAAUGUGGACUCCCAGCAGACAGUGAAUGGAUGAAGACUGGUGAUAAAAAUGCAUAUUUUCCUCUGGAUAUCCCUGCAAAGGGUCAUCAAAAGGAAGUUGCAGGAUUGCUGGACACCCACUCACAAACUCUGGAGAAACAGGAUGUGAGCAAGGAAGACAGCAUUGCUUCAACCAGAUCAGACCAGACUUCCUUAGAAUAUCAUGAUGCACCAUCACCAGAGGACUUUGAAGAUGGUGUUUUUGUGUCCCCCAAGCCAGCAAGUGCUUCGACUCUACCAACUGAGCAGGAGAAUGAUAAAGAUUUGUUUAAGUCAGAAAGUACUCCUUCAGUUGUGGAGAAACAAAUGGGCACUGUGGAAGCUGCAGUGGAGGCAUUUUCAGAAUUCAGUCGCUCAAGCCCUGUUCAAAGAGUUGAAGGUUCUCUUAAUGUGUCCUCCGUCUCUGAAGGGAAAAUCCCCACGUCAAGAUCCAAGGCAUCAGUUUUGGAUGGAGUAAUGUCUGUUGAAAGCCAAGCCUCCACAAUCAGGGCAGACUACGAUGAAUCAGUGGCCAACAUGGUUGAAGAUGGUGAAAGCUCUGGGCCCACCACAUCCAAGUGCCCUGCUACCUCCAAACAUAGCCUUGACCAGAAAGUAACACUAAACCUACAAGAACAUCAUGAAGUAGAAGCUGAUGUACAUGUUGGCUUACCAGAAGAAAAGCCUCAAAUUUCUGUCAGUCCUCCUGAUACUCAAGAAAUUCAUCUGAUUGGACACGAAAAACUUGAAGUUCAAAAUUCAGAAGAGGGAGCCAAGAAUCUUUCCUUUAAUGAGUUGUAUCCCUCAGGAACACUUAACCUUCAGUAUAAUUUUGAUACUAUUGAGCAGCAAUUUUGUGACUCACCUGAUGAUAAAGACUCUGCUGAAUGUGAUGUCGCUGAAGUAGAUGGGGAACUUUUUGUGGCACAGAGCAACUUUACCUUGAUAUUGGAAGGUGAAGAAGGAGAAGUUGAGGCAAGUGACUCAGCAGCAACGAAUAUGUCAUCAAAAACAACUAACUUAGCAGCCAAGGAAAAACCUGCGUCCCCAAUGGAACCUAAUAGUCAAGAACAUGUUACAGAUUUGCCGUCUGAUGUAACUGGUGGCCAGGAAUCCCACAAGGUAGAGACUUUGCCAUAUGUGCCUGAACCAAUUAAAGUGGCAAUUGCAGAAAAUUUGUUGGAUGUAAUUAAAGACACAAGAAGUAAAGAAGUGGCUUCAGCAGUAGUGGAACAGGUUGUUGAUGAAGAUACAGCCUUUAUAAGCCCAAAGGUUACACGUUCCUCCAAGUUAACAAAGUCUGCACUGAAGACUCUUCAGGAAACAAAUGCUGAGACUGUAGACACCAGCCAGGCUGAUGACAUGGUUUCUACUAGAACCCGCACAAGAAGGCAGCGUGCCCGAAACCUGAAUGUCACAUCAGAACAACAGGAGUCCUCAGCAGUUGCUACUCCUAAGAGGAAAACUAGAAAAGUAAAAGAAUUUUCUGGGUCUUCUGACAGUACCCGUUCUGAUAUAAACAUAGCAUCUGAGACCCAGCUAGCCCCUCAGGAUUCUCUCACUCCUAGGAGAGGGAGGAAGAAAAGGGAAGUUAGCCAAGACACACUAGCAACCCCUGGUGCUGUGGAGCAGGAGCCACAAGAUCCACCAGAAAAGCUGAGACCGCAGCCACUAGAGCCAGCCACUGAGGAAAUGCCUUCCAGAACAGGAGACAUGCUCUCAUCCGUUAAAAAAGGGACUCCUAGAAGGCUUAAGAAAUCUGUAGAAAAUGGGCAAAGUGCUAACACUGUAAGAGAUCUAGACAUCAAUACAGCAACGAGUCAGAGCGGGACCAACAAAAAGAGGAGGAAUGCUAACUUAGAAGAUUCUCAACAUGUAGACUAUAAACGGGAGCGACCCAGUGACCAGCAACUGCCUCUUAAACGAAGAAGGGUCAGAGAGAGAGAAGUUAGUGUGUCGGGUGUGAUAGAAGAGCCUAUGCUUGAUUCAUCCCAGUUGCCAAUUCAAACAGAAUUUGAUGUGCCGGCCACACCUAGGAAACGUGGUAGACCAAGGAAAGUAGUGUCAUUAGAAGAUGGUGGCUCCAUGGCUACUGAGGGACAGACAAGCCCCCAGAAGACAGAAGUUCUGAGUGUCCGAAGAUCUACUCGGAACACCCCAGCUAGAAAUGUGAGUACGUCAGGAAAAUCCAUUUUAGUGCCAAAUGAGGAAGUUGCUAUAGUGAUGACCUCUAAUAAAAAACCUACAAAGAAGUCUGCAAACGAAAGCCAAACAAGUCCAUUACCAGCAAUAUCAAAUUUUAAGGCUGAAACAACCCACAAAGAGCCAGCUGACCAGGAAGAAAGAUUGCUUGCUGCUGUGGCUUUGACUAAAUCUUCCCGGAGCACAAGGACUAGGUCUAGAAAGACCAUGUUGUUGACAGACUUUUCAGAACCCAAAGCUGAGCCUUUAUUUUCUCCUCCUUCAGUGAAGGUUCCAAAGAAAGCAAAAGCUGAAAAGAUGGAGGCCACUGCCCAGCUGAAAGACUUAGUAUCAGAUUUAUCAUCUCAGUUUGUUGUUUCCCCUCCUACUUUGAGAACCAGGAGGAAAAAUGUAUCCAGUACCUCCAAGCUUCUAGAUGAACUGGAGACUGACCCUAAACCACUAGAAAUCAUAGAAGAACAAAAAACAAAAAGAAGCAGGACUGUGAAGACUAAAGUGAGCAGAAACACAGAAAAAGAAAGUUCUUGGUCACCUCCUCCUGUAGAAAUUAAGCUGCUUUCUCCCUUGGCAAGCCCGAUUGAUGAAAUAAAGAUCAACAAACCAAGAAGAACUACAGAAGCAGCAGGAAAAACUCUUGGAAGGGGCAGAAAGAAGCUAUCUUCCUUUCCAAAGCAAAUUUUACGCAGGAAGAUGCUGUAAUUUUUAGCUCAAGAUUUUAACAUGCACCGUUUGUAAAGUCAUCAGUAUUUGUGUGAAUUAUUAAAAGUCACCUGAUUUGGAAGGAAAUAAUUUAUAUAAAUUGUACAAUUUUGUAAACAAGUAAAUAAGUAAAGUAGCUCCAUAUGGAGUGGGGUUCUUCUAGUCCAGGCGUUUUAUAAAGCUUCAUACGUUUAUAUAAUAUGUAAAUAUGACUUAUUAUUGGGAUGUUAAAUAAACUACUGUAAAGUAUA